AUGAAGACAUCUUGUGAUAAACCCGGAGAACUCCUUUUUCCCGAACACAUACGCGUUGUCGACUACAUUGCUCCACCCCUGACAAUGCUGUUAUACUACGUACUUGUUUUGGAAACUCGACGUUGGUUAGACGCACGGGUGCAAGUCGACAAGCUUGUGAGCCAGACAAAUGUUACUCAAGACGAAGAAACACGCACCCUUAAAAAUGUGACGUGUCAUUCCAUGGAAGAAGUCCAUGCUUCAUCGGAGUCUACUAGUACAGUCAAAAUUACUAGUAGAGCAUCAGCUAGCUCUUUAUGUGGCAUGCCAACUGUUGACACCGAAGCGUACAAUUCAAAGGUUGGCGACACUCGACCCAACACAAACAUCGCCCCAGCAACAAGUGAAUUCGCAUUUCACGAUGAAGAAUCCAGAGGAUUACGGACGUCCCUCCACACGGAAAUAGCUGCAAUCGAGGUGGAACAACUCAAUAGAAAUCGGGAAAUAACUAGCCCUUAUGGGGCGCAUCCAAAUACCGAGCUUGUUCGUCUGGUUGAUACGUCACAGACCGCACGAUCAAAACUCAGUCGUCUUAUUGCCCGUCGGCUUCAGCCGCAUUUUGAUGUUCUAUUUGGUCUCACUCCUCCGUUCUUGUCCACCAUGUACGGAACCGACAACAGCAAUGUGCGUAAUGAACGUCCACUUUUACUCAGUUUACAUUAUUCGGCCAUACGAAACAGUUACAUUCUGACAUUGAUCUCCAUGAUGGCUUGGUCAGUCACCUACCGAAGUUGGCUUUCGUUCAUUUUGCUGCUGUCAGCCUGCAUUCUCUGGAUUACACCGAACUCACGUUUGGCCUGUCUGUACGCCAGUCCCCUCAUAGUCCUGUACGCGAUCGUUCUCAUUGUUAUUCAAUAUGUGUUUGGAAUGAAUCUGACAAAACAGGAGCUUCCUCAAUCGGUCACCCCGGACGGUUUGCGGCUAUCCGAGCUCGGAAUGCAACGAUGGGAGAAUGCUGUUGGAGCACUCAGUUUACAGAUCACGUAUCUGAUUUGCUUUUGGCUCACACUGCGGUUGUUUGUCAUGGAGCAUUCGGUAAACAGAUUGACCGCCAGAUUAUCAUCGGAACCAUUCUACAUAGAAAACCGUCCUCAGUCACCUACCGCGAGCAAUCCUUCAUCUAUUUUGGCCGCUGAUCGUAGCCCAUGGAAUAGGGUAUUUCGCCAACCAGCCGAUCAGCCCCGGGAGCCAGUAACUCAUCUCCGCAGCUCCAUAUCCGAGGAAUUUCUCCGUGGUUUGUUCAACCUACCGAAUGAUCCAGCUCGUUCAGGGCGAGCGGUAGCUGCUUGGUUUGGUGUCGCUUUACCAUUUGGUACGGUUGACAAUACUGCCUAUCAGAAGUUCACCGAGGUCUUACGGUCGCUCUGUGUCAAAUAUUGGAUAGUAGUGUGCUGUUUGAGCAUGUUGCUCAUUUCACUGCAACAACCGGUCGUGAUUUUCCGCAUCGCUUACAUGAUGAUGCUCGUCUACUUCCUGUUUGUAUUCCAAGUCAGUUAUCGGUUCUGGCGUCGUCAGAUGUUGUUCUUUUGGUGGAUCAACGUGGUCUAUUCGAUGGCUGUUUUGCUUUGUAUCUACACAUAUCAGUUUCAAAACUCACCAGCUUUUUGGCGCAAUUUCACUGGAUUAUCUGAAGAAGUGUGA